AUGAUUCUUCCCUUGCACCACGCUCAUCACCAGAAAGUCAAUGGAAUGAUCCAUCUAACAAAGUCGCUUCAGCAAUCAAAUGCCGACAUAAGGUUACUAUGGCUUUCCACUUUUAUUAGAAUGGCCUCUUUUGGGGUCACUAAUCAAAUAUUGACACUCUAUCUCAAGGCAAUUAAUAUCGAGGAAGCUUAUAUCGGCUGGUUUAUGGCAUUGACUCUGGUAGGAGACACCAUACUAUCCUACUACUUAACUUGGUACAGCGAUCAUAUCGGACGAAGAAGAGUAAUGAUAAUCGGUUCGUUAUUAAUGGUUAUUGCGGGACUCACAUUUUCAUCCACGAUUGAAAAUUUCUACGUGUUGCUACUCGCUGCUAUUGUAGGCGUAAUAUCUCCCUCAGGAAAUGACACAGGACCGUUCAAAUCUAUAGAGGAAGCGUGUAUGGCUCAUAUGACUCCUGCAAAUCAUCGUCCAGAGAUAUAUGCUGUUCAUUGGUUAGCUACAGCGGCUGGUGCCGCUCUGGGGUCUUUAAUGGCAGGAGCAUACGUGGAUUACUUCAAGUCAAUUGGUUGGAAAGGAGCUUGGUCUUAUCGUUGUGGCUUUUAUCUCUAUACCUUUUUGGCUGUGGCAAAGUUUAUUUCCAUCCUGUUUCUGUCCAAAAAAUGUGAAGCAUCAUAUGUGCCUCCAUUCGGCACCGAGUCGACACCAUUGUUGAUGGUUGAUGAACCAAUAGAUUCCUCUAAACUCUCUCCAAAGACUAGGAAAAUUCUGUUCAAGUUACUGGUUUGUUUCAUGUUAGACUCCUUUGGCUAUGGGUUCAUGACCCCAGCUUGGGUGGUCUACUACUUCAAAAUCACAUUCAAAGUAUCUGCAACAUUCCUUGGGGGACUGUUCUUUGUGAACAAUAUUCUAAGUUCUGUGGCCGCAAUCCCAUCCGCAUGGCUAGCAAAACUUUUGGGACCCAUUUCUUCAUCACUGUACACUCAAAUUCCAGCUGGAGUGGCAUUCAUUUUUGUACCCGUGUUCGAAGCUCAGUUACCACCGUCUGUGAUCUUUCUACUGAUCAACCAGAUGCUUUCUGCAACAGAUGUGGUCCCAAGGCAGGUUCUCUUGACGACCUUGAUCGAUCCACACGAACUUACCAAGGUUUUAGGAACAGUUAAUGUUGGAAAAACCGCCGCACGAACCAUAGGGCCCGUAUUCACUGGUCAUUUAUCCAGCAUGGGCUACUUAUGGGUCAACUAUUGGAUAUCUGGUGGACUGCUGAUUUUGAGCAAUAUCCUUUUAGGGUUACAAUUCAAAGGUGUUGACAGAGAAGUACUAGACAAGCAGGCUGUCAUUCAUGAUAUAUAG